AUGAUGGUAGUAACAAACCGCUGCGAUUGGCCAAAAAUGGACUCAUCGUUUAUUCAAUUAUUAGGCUUAUUUGAUACAACUAAUCCUGAUACAUUACAAUCUCAAGCUAUGUUUAAAUCAGCAUUAGCACUCUCCCAUUUAUAUAACAUAACAUAUCAUGGUUAUCCUCUAGGUUGGCAAGAUUUUAAUAUAAUUGAUAGUAGUUAUAACAGUGAAAGUAUCAGUAUAAUAAACGAACUUGAUAUUACUUGUCAAGCAGUAUCCAACUCAGAAAUAAUUGGCAUUGUUGGUUCAAUAAAUUCUUUAAUUGCUUUAUUUGCUGAAAAAAUUGGUAUUCCUUCAAUGGCAUCUUUUACUUCUGAUAUACUAAGUCGUAAUCAAUAUUCAACACUACAUCGUGUUCUACCAACUGAUAUUACAAAAGCAUUAGCAAUAGCUCAGUUAUUCACAAAAUAUGAAUGGACUCAGUGUGUAGUUAUUAAUACAAUUGAUCUUUAUGGUUUAAAUGGUUUAGAUGUAUUAACGGAACAAUUUAACAAAAAUAGUGUACGUAUAGUAAAUAAAAUUCGAUUUGAUACAAUAACACAAACAAUACUAGACGGUGAUUUGGAACAACUUUUGAUCACUGGUACUGCACGUAUUAUAGUUGUAUGGGCAAAUUCAAAUGCAACUAUGUCAAUAUUAGAUAAUGCAAUUAAACAAAAUGUACUUAGCUCAAAAUUCUUAUGGAUUUUAACAUCUAAUAUAACAUUAGAUAAAUACAAUUCAACAGAAAGGAAAAAGUUUGUUGGUACACUUAUAGUAGAUACAACAGUCGGUUCGGUAAUAAAUGAACCAGUUAAUACAACAUUAUUAAAUAAUGUAUGUGAUAUAUGGCAACAAUAUGAACCUGAAACAUUUCCUGGCCAAAAUGGAAUAAGUCCUUCAGCGUUAUUUACAUUUGAUGCGGCAUGGACAUUAAUUCAAUCAUUAAAAGGAUUGAAUACUACCGAACAAUUAUAUUAUUCUAAUUGUUCUACAAAUUGUUUUGAUUGUCAAUUAUACAAUGUUAAUUAUUUACUCAAUAUAGUCCAAAAUAUUUCAUUUCUUGGCUUAACUGGUCUUGUAUCAUAUGAUUCUCAAACAAAUGAUCGACUUUCAAAUGGAUCUUAUUUUUUAAUUCAAAAUAUACAACCAACAACAAAUUUAAAUGACAUUCAUUUUAUGUCUGUACUAAAAUGGAUCAAUAGUAAAUGGUAUGAUUAUAUUGACCGUAAUUUAAUUGUAUGGCCUGGUAUACAAUUAAACCCAUUUGUUGAUUAUCCUACACUCGACAGUAUUCCAUUAAGAAUAUGUGUUGUUAAUGUAGAACCAUUUAUAAUAAUGGAAAAUAAUAGUAAUCAUAGUAUGAUUGGUUAUUCAAUGGAUAUAAUUAAUGUUUUACAGCAACAACUAGGCUUUAUUCCAAAUAUUAUCCUACAACCAUCUAAUAGAACAAGAGAUCAAUUAAUAGACGAUUUAGUUAAUAAUGUUUAUGAUAUGGUAGUAGGUUAG